AGCGAGGCGAUCACGCUUGCCCGCCGCCAUUAUUGUUUUCGUCGACUUUGAUAAGUGAGGCCGACUUAGCGACACGCAGGCGCCUUCGUAGACCACUCAGAAGGGCACGUAUUCGACGUAGCAGGCGACCAAGCAAAACAGCCGCCAACAUGUAUUGCCUCCAGUGGCUCAUCCCGGUGCUGCUCAUACCCAAGCCCAUGAACCUGGCUCUGGUUCAGAAUCACGUGAUGUUCAUGGUCCUCUACCUGACUGGAUUCUUCCUCGAACGCAAGCCGUGCACCAUUUGCAGUCUGGUGUUCAUUGCCGCCGUGUUCCUCAUCUGCUACAGCGGCAUGGGGAACUGCAUCUUCUCGCUGUUCGUCAACUGCAACUCGGUGACGUGCGAGCCGGGCACGUAGCGUUGCGUCGUACCCUUUUUUUCGUCCGCCUGCCCCUACCCCCACCAGCCCCCUCGCCCUUUACCUCUCAACAACCUCGGCACCUCCGCGGUAUUCGCCGCUCGCCGUCAACUUCGGCACCUGUGGAAAUGUAACGGAGAUCUUAAAAUGGUGGACGUCCUUACUACAACUACGCAUUCACGGGACUGCCUGUCGAGCCGCCCUCCCAACACCUCCCCCCUCCUCUGAAAAAAAAAAAAAAAAAUGCACGCGUUAUGGCGCCCAUACUGCAGUACAGUUGUUGGACUCGAAGCGCUUGCGUAGUUUCUGGACGGAUGAGUUUUGUUUAUCGCCAAGCGAGGGAACGAGCAGAAGAGGAACUUCCAGUCUUCCCUGUGUCUAGUGUGUGGACUCUUUGCAAGUCGUCUGCGGCCUGCCUUCUAAACGCUGUGUGUACUUCCAGCACAGUUCGCCGGGCUCGACUGCAAGUUCAGCUGGCCUACGCCCGUUUUCAGCAAAAAAACGCACUACCCUGUUUAGCGUCGCAGUUUCCUACGACGACUCUGUCGUAACCUUUUUCUAUCCUCUCGCUCCCUCUGACUUUCCUGAGCCCAUUGUUUUCCGCAGUUUUCUUUUUUCCUCUUCAUUACUAAAAAAAAAACAAAAAAAAACCGGGGACUCGGAAGCGACAGCUGUGACUAUCGUGGGCCGUUUUCAUUUUUUUUUUUUUUGCAUUUUGGCGUGGACAGUCGUGUUGCUCUCUAAAUAAAAGUGGUGUGACAGAU